AUGUUGAAAAGUGGAAAAUGUAGAAAUCGUCAAAGUAAGAUUCACUUUAUAUUUAUUUUACCAUAUGAAAGAUUGCCAGUGCCAACCUUCAUAGAAAUCUAUUUAGGAAUCUGGGGAUUUGUAUUUGUGUUCCAUUAUAAGCAAAAACUGUGGUUAUCCACAAAACUUUUCCAUUGGGACUCGUUUCAAAACAAAAGGUUGAAGUCUCUUGUUUACAAUUCAAAGUAUCUUCAAGUUAUGUUUAAAGCUUUCAUUCGAUAUGCCAUUUGA